CAACCAACCAACUGGAGUUGUGUGAUCACUUAACUUCAAAGCAAAGCCUUCUUCAAUGGAAAAUCAUCAUUCCCAUCUCCAAAAAAAUAUAUACAAAUUAAUUUUUUUUUUAAAAUACGUCAUUGAUUUUUCUGGUAACCAUACUAUUUCACUACAUAUAGUAUUGAUUCAACCAACAGAAAAAAAAAACAGAGAUGAUCGUAGUAGCAAUGUCGACGACGACUUUAACGUUGACUCUCUUCCUCCUUCUCUCAACAAAACUUCCAGCCUCAGUCUCCGGCAAGUGCACCACCACCACAUCCACAAAAACAUUCGAGAAAUGCAUCUCACUUCCCACACAGCAAGCCUCAAUCGCGUGGACAUACCAUCCGCACAACUCGACCCUCGACCUCUGUUUCUUCGGAACGUUCAUCUCACCUUCCGGGUGGGUCGGGUGGGGCAUCAACCCGGAUGCUCCCUCCCAGAUGACCGGCUCUCGAGUCCUCGUCGCGUUUCCGGAUCCUAACUCGGGUCAGCUCAUCCUCCUCCCUUACGUUCUCGACUCCUCUGUCAAGCUCCAGAAAGGUCCUCUGCUCUCUCGUCCCCUCGACCUCCUCCGUCUCUCCUCCUCCUCCGCUUCUCUUUACGGCGGUAACAUGGCUACCAUACGGAACGGCGCCUCCGUUCAGAUUUGCGCGUCGGUGAAACUCUCCUCGAACAGCACCAAGAUCCAUCAUGUUUGGAACAGAGGUCUUUACGUUCAAGGUUACUCUCCGACCAUUCAUCCCACCACUUCCACUGAUCUCUCUUCCUUCUCCACCUUCGAUGUCACUUCAGGUUUUGCAACGGUUAAAAGAAACAGCGGUUCCAGAGCUUUGAAAGUGACACACGGAGUGAUCAAUGCCGUGGCGUGGGGUUUUCUCAUCCCGGCGGGAGCAGUAACAGCUCGAUACCUUCGUCAGAUGCAGUCAAUAGGACCAACUUGGUUCUACAUCCACGCAGCCAUACAGCUGACCGGUUUCCUCCUCGGAACAAUCGGCUUCUCGAUCGGGAUGGUGCUAGGCCGGAACUCCCCAGGAGUGACCUACGGCUUACACCGGAGCCUCGGGAUAGCGACGUUCACACUCGCUGCGCUGCAGACGCUGGCUCUGCUGUUCAGACCGAAGACGACUAACAAGUUCAGGAGGUACUGGAAGUCUUACCAUCAUUUCGUCGGGUACGGUUGCGUGGUGAUGGGUGUGGUGAAUGUGUUCCAAGGGUUUGAUGUUUUGAGGGAAGGGGGAUCGUACGCGAAGCUUGGUUACUGUGUGUGUCUGUCCACCCUGGUCGGAGUCUGUGUGGCUAUGGAAGUUAACUCGUGGGUUGUGUUUUGUCGCAAGGCUAAAGAGGAGAAGAUGAAGAGAGAGGGUUUGACCGAUGGCAGAUGCAGUGGGAUUCAUUCAUAGUUUGUUCAUGUGUCCUAAUAUUGUAUUCUUGCUUGGUUAAUAUACAUUGUUGAGGUGGUU